UACGCAUUGGUUAAAUUUUAUUUCUGUUUCUAGUCAAAAUAAAAACAUUCUAGGCUUAGCCUGUUGUUUAAAAUUGACCAAAUUAACUAAUUCAUUCUUGAUUUCUCAUAACUUUCACUACUCCUGAUUUAAUCCAAGGAAUGGUCAUUACACACUAAAUUAAAUCCACAAUGUUGUGUUUCCUAUGAUUUGUUCAAUUCAAUAUUUACCUUUUUUGUUUAUUUGUUAUGUUACCAUAUGUCAACUCUAUUCGACUUCCUCAAAUACUCUUCUAUAAUUGUUGGACUUCAAUCUUAUCAAUAAUAAGAAUUACAUUUAUGGCUAUUUAUUAAAGUUAUCUUACACAUUUUAUUAUUUGAUUUCUGCAAUCAAUCAUCCAUCAAUAAUAAACGACUGUUAAUAAAUAUGGCAAUCUCAUUUAUGAAAUCAUUGUCUCUUCGAGGAUCAAGUCAUGACGGAUACAUAAAUACAUUCAAUCAAAAACCAGAUACUGUGAGUGAUUCAGAGGAUGAAGACAACUCUUCCUCAGAUCCAAACAAUAAACCCGUUCUAUCUACUACUGGAAAUAGUUACGUUGGCCAUAAUGUAUUUGACUCAUCUAAACAAGGAACAUCUUUAAUCCCUCAUGCUGAUGGACCUUUCUCCUUUUUAACACCAUCAAUGUGGCCUCAAGACUUAUUAGCUGCUUUCUCUCAACCAGAAGACUCUCACCCAGCUCAUAAGUUUGAUGAAUAUGGGUUUAUCAUUGCAAAAAGCAACGAGGAAAAAAGCAGAUCAAAGCUUCCAGAGGAUCCAGAGGAAGGUACCGAGGAAGAAAAAUUGAGAAACAAAUGGAUCGCUUAUCUGGAGUUUACUUACAAUGAAGCAGUUUUACCAAAAAUGAUGUGGUCUCAAGUAGAGCCUCAAAUAAGACAUACUCGAGUCCUUGAUGAACUGGUUAAAGGUGGUCUACCUGGAUCUAUGCGAGCACAGUUAUGGUUAAGAUUCAGCAAAGGGAUGGCUCUGAAAAACAACAGCAAAUGGACUUAUGCUCAAAUGUGUGACCAAUCUAAUCAUGUGGGACCUAUACCUGAUAAACAAAUUUUGAAUGUUCUCCCAAAUAAUGCUUGUUUCAUGGACAUUACCUCAGUCGGUAUUGAAAGAUUACGAAGGAUUCUUCGAGUAAUUAAGUGGCUUCAUCGAAGUGGAUCCAAUCCCCUAUCUACUUCAUGUGAUUCUGUUAAUAUUCCAAUCAUUGCAGCAUAUCUCUUGCUUGUUUGUGAUGAAGAGGAUGCUUUUUGGUUAACUUUAUCCUGUCUUAAUGAACUAAAAGCCUUUGAUCAUCAACGUAUAUUAAUCAAAUUAAUUGUCAACAAUUGUUCUUAUUUGGAUGAUCUUCUUAAAAAAGACGAUCUUGAUAUUACAUUGAUUACCUGUCAUUGGUUUUCAAGUUUAUUUGCUGGCUUUAUUCCUAAAACGUUUGUACUUUUCCUUUUCUGGGAUCUUUAUUUCUAUUAUGGAUCGAUUGUGUUAUUUCAGUUAACAAUUGGAUUAUUGUUGGAAACAAGACAUUUAUUAACUGAUGGUACUGACGCAGCUAUUAUAUUUAAUAGGUUGUCUGAUUUACCAUCCAACAUUACAUGCCAGGAAAAUUUACUUUCCUAUUGGAAGUCAGGAGCCCAAUACGUUGAUUAUAUAAAGAAAGACAUGGCCAGUAUUAAUUUGAUGAACCUUAAUACUCAUGGAGCCUCAUUUUUGGCUCUUCCUUCGUUUACCAGUGACCAAUUCGAUCAAGACAUUAAAUCUAAAAACAUCCGUCAAACCUCCAUCUUAAUGGAACUACAUGAAGCUAUUGUAGCCAUCGGGAAACAUUUUGAAUCCUAUGAUCAUAAUUUCAAAGCUAACUUGGAGCCAGAUUAUUCAAAAAUUGACAGAGACGAUUUUGAUUACGAAGAAGGUUAUGACAAUUACAAGAAGGCAAAGAACCAAUUAAGACGAGCCAAAGCCUUAAUUGAUUUCCAAAGGCAUGAUUCAGAUGAACUUGGUUUUUCUAAAAAUGAUAUUAUUACGAUUAUUAAUGAGCGAGAUGAACAUUGUUGGAUAGGUGAAUUAAAUGGCCAAAGAGGCUGGUUUCCAGCUAAAUUUGUUGAGCUGUUGGAUGAAAGGCAUGGUGAAUAUAGUAUCGCCGGUGAUGAUAGAGUCGUGCCUUAUAUUAAUGAUCUUGUUAGAGGACGAUUUUGUUCCAUAUUCAAAGCAAUUCUAUUUCAUGGACUUCGAAGGACACUUUUCAUCGCUAUGCACCCUUGGAAUGUUAUCGAAACAAUCGUUUCAUCUUGUAUUGAAAGUGACUUUAACUCUGUAUACUCUCGUCUGGUGCUUACUCGAACCUUUCGUUUAGAUGAAUUUGCCCGUGUUCUCAGUCCAUGUGAAAUUUUAUAUAGAAGUGUUGCCCACAUUAAUCAAAACCUUGAAUAUGAACCAAUGGACGUUAAAUUACGAUCAUUAGUUUGUGUUGCUUUAAAUCAAAAAAUUCUUCAUGAAUGGUUCUCAAUCAUUUGCGGAACUCAACCUCACAUAUUAGCCAAAUUUUAUCACAACUGGAGUUUUGUUAACAGUCCAGUUUGGAAGAUGAUUAGAGCCGAAUUAAAACUCUUGACGCAGUUCUCGUUUAACAUGAACAUCAAUGCCGAAGUCCAAGAAAACCCUACUCCUAAGUCUCCAGUAUCCAAGGAAGGUGUUAAAGAUAUGCUCGUUAAACAUCAUCUCUUUUCGUGGGACAUUUAAUUCCAUGGCAUUCAAUUGAAGAAUUUAAUCUUAAUUCUUUGGCAAUGGACAUUGAAAUCUUCAAUUUGCAUCCCUGUCUUACCUCAUAAAAAUCAAUCAAAGAACUAGUCAAAAGAACGGGAACAAAACUGAUAAAUCUAAUUAUCAAUAUUUCCAUUCCAUUAUUUUAUAUCAAGAUUCCUUCUUGUGUUUUAAAUAACAAAUGAGCAAAUCACCACAAUAAACAGCAAUUUAUUUAA